UCCCUUUUCCCUGUGGCUUUUGGCAAUCAUGGGGCGUCGACCUGCCCGAUGUUAUCGGUACUGCAAGAACAAGCCUUAUCCCAAGUCACGUUUCUGCCGUGGUGUCCCUGAUUCUAAAAUCAGGAUUUAUGAUCUUGGACGUAAGAAAGCCAUGGUAGAUGACUUUCCUCUGUGUGUUCACAUGGUGUCAGAUGAGUAUGAACAGCUGUCUAGUGAAGCCCUUGAAGCUGCCCGUAUCUGUUGUAACAAAUAUAUGGUAAAAAGCUGUGGUAAAGAUGCCUUCCAUAUCCGUGUCAGACUUCAUCCCUUCCACAUUGUAAGAAUCAACAAGAUGUUGUCAUGUGCUGGAGCUGAUAGGCUCCAAACUGGUAUGCGUGGUGCUUUUGGUAAACCACAGGGUACAGUAGCCCGUGUACGUAUUGGCCAAGCCAUCAUGUCUGUGAGAACUAAAGACUCAAACAAGGCCCAUGCUAUUGAGGCACUCAGGAGAGCCAAGUUUAAGUUCCCUGGACGUCAAAAGCUCUAUGUUUCACAUAAAUGGGGAUUCACCAAGUUCGACAGAGAGCUCUAUGAAGAGUGGAGGGCAGAAGGCAGACUUCUUCCAUGCGGAGUACAUGCUUCCUAUAUCAGAGAGCACGGGCCUCUGAAAGACUGGAAGCAAAGAAAUGCAUAAAAAUCUGUAAUGACCAACCAUGUGAAAAUAAAAUAAUAAACCAAG